GUUUAAAUAAAGUUUGUUUUUUAGUGUUUGUUUGCUUUAAGACUUUUUUUUUCAGAAAAAUGUCUGCAGGUUUUUGAGCCUCAUAACUUCCACAUUUGUGUACGUUUGAUUUUGACGCGUUCUCGUGCCGCAGUUGAACUCCGCCCCUGUAUUCCAUUUCAGUCGGAAAUACGUCACCAUAAUAAAGAAAAUGAUGCUAGCUCUCAAAAAGUGGAUUCAUCUCUAAAAGUCGGGCGUUGUGAUUACUUUUGGCCCCGCGUGGACGCCGUACCACCAACACAUCUGUACACUUUUAAUUUGUAUUUUUCUCUCGCCCCUGAGCGGUGCGCUUGUUUUCGUAGCGGCGUGUCCCGGCGGUGAAACCGGAGAGGGGCCUCAGUGAGAGGGAAUGCAGGACUGCAAUGGAGCACAAUGCAAUACAGUGGUUGGGCGCUCCCUCCUGCCAGAGAGGCAGCUACUCCUUCUACAAGUCUGUGAGCAGCCAAGCUCAGCAUGACGGGCCGGUCCGGGUCUGGAGGCUCGGGGAGUUCUACUGCGUUCGCUGUGGACCGCAGGACCCCGUCUGCAUCGCAGAGGUCACCUUACUGUGGGAGGACCAGACACGGCACCACCUGCUGGCCAGUGCGAGACUCUACUUUCUGCCCGAAGACACGCCAAAGGGGCGGACUAGAGAACAUGGAGAGGAUGAAGUUCUAGCCGUGUCCAGGAAGAUGGUGGUGCGGGUGGAGGACCUGGUGCGGUGGUCCUGUGCCACCCCUGCCAGCUGGAGCUGCAGGCAGAAGCUGCAGGCCGGAGGCCCCAACGGCCUCCACAGACCUCUGCAGAUGGCUGAUACUCCAGAGCAGGAUAGCAAGGAUGGCCUGGGAGACCAGACUGAGGCCGAGCUGCAGGGCGUCAAAGUGCUGAGCUACCCGCAGUAUUGCCGCUUCCGCUCCCUGCAGAGGCGCAUCCAGGACGGAGCCCGGGGCCCCUCGCUGGAGGACCCCCACCUGCUGGCGCUAGGCGGGGUCAAGGUGCUGCCCCACACCAGGCUGAUGUACUGCAGGGACACCUUCAACCACCCGGCGCUGGAGAGCAGCGCCUGCUUUUCCUGGCAGUUCAGAUGCUCGUCUCUCAGCCUUCGAGGGCGACCUCGAAAGAAAAGAGGUCACGACAGCAAAGAUUCUCUGAGCUGCAGCCAAUCAGAGUCCUGGAUCGACAGGAUGAAGGAGAACGUGAUGGGCAGCGUGGAGGUCAGCUGUGAGGGCAGCUGGCUCCCCCACCCAGAGGAGCAGCUGUUCCUGGAUCAGCUUUACGCCUUCAUGGACCGUCACGGCUCACCCAUCCACAAAGUCCCUAACCUGGGCUUCAAGAAGAUCGACCUCUUCCUCAUGUACUCGGUGGUCAAACGUCUGGGCGGAUACAGAAAGGUGACCACGGAGCGCCUCUGGAAGGUGGUGUACAACGAGCUGGGUGGAUGUCCCGGCAGCACCAGCGCUGCCACCUGCACCAGAAGACAUUACGAGAGGCUGAUGCUGCCGUAUGAGGAGCAUCUGAGAGCCGGAGGAGCCCACUUCAAAGUCCCAGAAUGCCUGGAGCCUCCCAAACCCCAGGCCAUGCGAGGACGGAGACCUCUACCAAGAGGCAGGAGGCCUGGACCCAAAGCCAAGGAGAGGAAGACUUCGGCCCCUCCUCAUCCUCCUGCUAUCAUGGACCCGAACGCCGCCGCCGUGAAGAGAGGCCGAGGCCGGCCGCCGGGAACUCGCAACAAGGCCACCCUGAUCGCUCAGGCCAAGCUGCAGGCGCAGCAGCAGACCCGGGUCCAGCCGCCACCCCCGGAGACUCAGCCCGCCACCAACGGCCGGGGGGCGCCCACAGCCAGCAGCGCACACAGGGCCGUCCAACCCCCCCUCCUCCCCGUCAACUUGCCCCUGACCCCGGAGCUGUCCCCCAUGUCCGCCACCUUCCUGCCGUUUCAACCCCAACAGAGGGAGCUGAAGCCGGACCUGCCGGGCCCGGCGGCGCCGGCUCCCACCGUUCUCCUCUCCGCCCUGCCGCGGCACUUUGUUGGGGGUUCCCUGAGCGGCUUCAGCCCCAUCAAGGGGGUGUGUCCUCUAGACGUCUUCAGGAGCCGCGUCAGCCUCCAGAGGGGCCUGGAGGGCCCCGCCCUGACGCCCCAGGAUCCCGCUCAGAACCGCCCCGCCGUGUUCCCCCUGCAGCCCAAACCGGACGCCCCUUCACCGAGCACCGAUCAGCUCCACCCGCCGCACAACCGCUGCUCUGGCUGCAGCGGAGACGAGGGGGGGCAGAGGGGGGGCGGCCGGGACGGCAGGACCCGGCCACCCCUGCCCCCCCUGCGGGUGUUGCCCCUGAACCUAGACUGCAGCGUUCAGGUGUGUCAGCUGAUGAGGACUCGGCACCUGGACCCGACUCAGCUGCAGAGCUUCACACGCCGGCUGUCAGAGGCCCUGUCCCAGGACCUGAGCCCCAAACCCCCCUGCUCCCCCAUCACGCCCCCGCCCGAGCAGGCGCUGCCCCUCAACCUCAGCAAGCGGGUCCCCCCAAAGAGACCCGGCCCAGAAGGACCGGGAGCUGGCUGGCUCGCCAUGAACGGGAACUCUGAUCCGCUGUCGUCCAAACGGUCCCGGAGCGGCUCCCUAGAGAAGGCCCAGGACCUUCGGCUGGGGGUCCGGUCCGGCUGUGAAGGGGACGUGGGGGCGGGGCCCGGCGUGGAGCUGAGCAGUCAGGAGGAACCCGCCGACCUGAGCUCGCCCAGCAGGAUCCGGGCCUUCCUGCUCGGGCUGCCGCCCUUCCAGGUGAAGAUGGAGGAGGACCUGAACGGAACCAGGAUCGGAACCCGAUCCGAGGCUGAGAGCCAGGGAGCAGCAGGAGGCGCCGAGGUGAAGGAGGAGGAGCAGGAGGCGGGAAAGGAGCAAACGGAGAGAACCCACAAACUACCCAAGCAGGAGGACAGGGAUCUGAGGCCUUGUCUUGGUCCCGGUUCUGCAGAGCUGAUGGCCGGGCCUUCUAACAGAGACACGCCCUGUUUUUAGCCGUGGGUUCCCCGCCGUCCCUCCGUCUUCAGCUCCUGGAUAUUCAGGGCGCGACUGAAACCUGAAACCCCGACAAUCGGACCCGGUUCCCUCCUGUUGGUUCUGGAGGGAAACAGACGCUGCCAGAAGUCCACGGACUCCCUGAUGUCAGCGCGGCGGGCCUGAUGCUGGGCAUCAGAACCACAGGUACUGGCAGUCCAAACGGACCCGUCUGCUGAGGAGCCAUCUAGAGCCUUUCUACAGCCCUGAAUCACACACAAACAUCAGACACACACUAGACACACACACAAACACACAGACACUCGUGCCUUACGGCUGCGGUCGGCGUCUCCUCCGGCAGACUCCUCCUCCUCCUCCAGAUCUCCUCAGACGUCUGCCGGUCGACCCCCCCCCUUCAGUCUGCAGGGUUCUGAAGGAUCCAUUUGGCUUCUGGUCUGGCGGUUCCUCAGAACCCGGAUCCGUUUUCAGGUUUUGCGCCGAUCCUCGGCCUGAAUUUGUGCGUUCCUGAAGAACCGUGGCGUCGGUUGGUCAUGUGACAUCAGUAGCAGGUUCCCUGGUUUCAGGUCGGAAGCUGCAGUCCAACAAAAAGGUUCUGCUGGCAGAAUGCAGAUCUUCCAGCGGCUGAUGCGUGGAGAAAAGCCGGCAGUUGUCUCGUCCGUGUGACCCGAAACCAACUGCUUUCUGGCGCCGUGGGACCGGAUCCGUGAGAACCUCAGCCUGAGCGACCAAUGGACCCCAUGAGAACGGGACGGUUCAGCGAAUAGCAGCUCAGGCUAGAAGUUCAGACUCUGCAGCUUCGAGGCCUGAAAUGUGGUCGCCAUGGAGACCAAAGGGGCGGUGACAGAAGCUCUUGAGGGGGGCGGAGCUACCAUCCGGGUUGACUGACUGAAUCUGGGUGGCGGGUGGUCUCGGUCAGCCUCUGUUUGCACACCUGCUGUUUGUUUCCCCUAUUUAAACUUUCUUUACUAACCUU